GUCGCAUGAAAUUGUAAGGAAACCAUAGACGCCUGGGACUUUUGCCAAUAAAAAUGAGGUAUUUCCUGUACGAUUUUUGUUAAAAACAAUGUCGUGACCCUCUUCAAAUCUACUGUGCGCGAAGGGGUAGGACAAGCCAUGUCGGAUGUCCAGCCCCUUAUCGGCCUGCUGGAGGUGCUGUUGCAGUUAUCGUGUCCCAAGCCUCGAGUGAAACCCGGAGGCUAUAGUGAUGAUAUAUUUCUUGAUCUCACAGAGGAAGAAAAGGAAGCUUAUGAAUGUUCAAUUUGCUACCAAGUCCUAAAGGAACCACAGAAAUGUCGGAAUAAUCAUCAGUAUUGCUACUCAUGUAUCUACACAUGGACCACGAGUUCGCCGGAAGCCAAUCAUGGACGCUGUCCCGUGUGUCGAGUCGACGGUCCUUAUCGGAAACACAAUGAACUAGACGAAAUAAUUGGAAAAAAACAAGUUAAAUGCAAUUUAAAAUCUUGCAACUGGAAAGGAACUUUAAAGUCACUUGGAGGUCACCGACACACCACAUAUACAAGGACUGGUCUGCCAUAUAGACCGACAAAUAGGGUACGUGUUGAUGAGGAUUUACCAGCGAUUUCAAAUACAGACAGACGAACUCCGUCGGUUAGUGACACGCCUAGGUCAGUGGCAAACGCUCGUGCAAGUAGUGUUGCACGAAGGCAUAACACAAAUUCUAGUAGGAAUAGUAUAAUUGAAUCUUCUCCUUUUACGCCUAGACCGCCAUCUUCGUCACGCCCUCAAGGGCAAGGACAAGGACAAAGGCGCAUUCCAACUCUUCCAAGUAUAGUAAAUCAGAAUUCCGAUAGGAGAAUAACACAGGGUAGAACAACAGCCGCCAGGCGGAACACUGGUACAAACACUCAAAAUGGCAGCUUUCAAGGAGGAAACGUCAAUAUUCGAGAUAGGUUAAGGGACAGUAGAAAUCGGUUAGAUGCAAUGAUGACCAGUUUUGCAUCAGAACUUGACAGAGGUCGUAGAGACAUUGCUGAUUUUCAACAGGAGAGGGAACGUCGAAGACAAGAACAAUUACAGGAAGUUCGAGAUCUAGGCAGACGUCUUGGUCACGUGGCACAGGAACUGCGCGGACUUUUAGAACGCAGACGACAGAUGAGCAGUGGUGAUUCGUCUUCCUCCGAUGAUGAUGAUAACUUUUGAAAACGGAAAUAAACAAAAGUAAAAAAUGUGCAUUCUAUACAUUCUGUGAUAAUUUUUGUGAUAUCAGAGUUUGUAAAAUUAAUUUUCUGCAUUAGUAAGUAAAACAAUUUUUAAAUAUCUAACCGUAAGUUAUUCGAUAAUUCUCAUUAAUUGUGAUUUAUGUGUUGUCAAGUCUCUGCUUAAUAUGCCAGGGAACAACAACGUGGAAGGACAAAAAUGCAUUUACUAAAAUCGCGGAUUCAGAAGUAAAAAAUAAAAAAAAGGAGAAAACAUCAAUUAAAAUGCAAAUGUCAAUGAAAUGUUUAUGCCAAACAUAAAAGUAAAUAUCCAAGACUAUAUGAAAACAGAAGAAAUGGCUUUAAGAGUGUUCGCUGCUCUGUUUCAAAAUAACAAGAUUUUUUUAGAGAGAUUAUCAAUAGUAAAUAGAUAACAGAACUAAAAAGACAGAAAAAUGAAAGGUCGUGUCCUUGAGGGGUUUGAGAUAUAAACAAUUGAAAAUUUGGCGGGAAAUGAUUGUCUCUAGAUUGUUCAUGAAUAAAUGAUUGUCUCUAGAUUGUUCAUGAAUUUAACAUUGGCACCUUUUUUCAAAGGCGAUAAAAAAUAACAAGGAUUUUAUAAGAUUUUUUAAUAUGGCUUUUGAACUAUAUGUAAUAGACCUUGAAAUGGCACUACAUGGAUAAAACCAGAGGAUUCCGAAUACCAGUAUCUGACCAAAAAUUCAAAAACAAGAUCAGCGAACAUCCUUACAACUAAAAUUCAGUUGUUUAUCCGUGCACAAUCAAUUUCUUACGCAUAUAAUUGGGACUAAUUUUCCCUGAUUUAACUAGAUGUACAAACAAAAAGAUGCAUUUGCUAAAUGUUUUAUGUAUCUCUUCUGCAGCAAUUGUUUAAUCUAGUGCUUGAACAUUAGUGUAUAUAAUUCACAACUGUUUUGCUUGUUCUGAAAUAUUAUGCUAAAAGAAAUAGUUAAAUGAAUUAUUUGAUGGUUAUCUGAUUUUUAUUUAAACUGUACUGCUAUGCACUUUAAGAUUCAGCAUGGUUGGUAACGGGCGAGCGGAGGAACUAGUACUAAUGCACUGUACGAUAUACAACAUGUAUAACUUAAUUUCAUAUUUCAUUUUCCUAUAUAUUGUACAUGUAUUUAUAAAUACUGUUUUUUUUUUUGUUAUAACUUAUCAAUUAAAAUUAUUUUUCGGUGGAA